AUGGCACCUUCACGCAAGGCACCGCUGGGAGUUGCGCCUGGAGAAGAAGCGCUGGUUGCAGUUCUUCUUGCUGACAGCUUCAAUCAGCGCUUCAGGCCAAUCACACUGGAGCGACCCAAGGUCUUGCUGCCUCUAGCCGGAUUCCCUCUCAUAGACUACACAUUGGAGUGGCUGGCCUCCAACGGUGUUGCCGAGGUGUAUGUCUUCUGCUGCGCGCAUGCAGAGCAGGUGAAGGAGCACCUUAAGGCAGCAGGGUGGCUGCAGGAGCGAGCUUCAAUCACUGUUAAGGUGAUUGUGUCCACAACAUGCAAGUCGGAAGGGGAGGCGUUGCGCGAGAUCGAUGUGAAAGACCUGGUUAAGACCGAUUUUGUGCUCGUGACUGGUGAUGUGGUGUCCAAUAUGGACCUGGGCAGCGCCCUCCGCAUGCACAGGGGGCGGCGAGAGAAGAACAAAGGCGCCCUCAUGACCAUGGUGAUGAAGGCAGGGACCACGCCAGCGCAGAGGAGGCGGCUGGGGGACCACAGCCUCAUUGUUGCCAUGGACCCCCAGACCAAGCGGCUGCUGCACUACGAGGAGGUUGAGGCAGGGAAGCCGCUGCCGAAUCACGCCACGAUAGACGCGCACUUCUGGGGAGAGACCGACUCGGUGGAGGUUCGCACAGACCUGGCGGACACCAACAUCUACAUCUGCGCCCCAGAAAUCACAAUGCUUUUCUCCGACAACUUUGACUACCAGAACGUGCGCAAGGAUUUUGUGUCGGGCGUUCUAAGCGAGGAGGAGUUGGGCCAGCAGCUGUUUGUGCACGAGCUGCACCGCGACUACGCGGCCUCUGUCCUCAACUUCCGCUCCUACGAUGCCAUCUCACGCGAUGUGCUGCAGAGGUGGACGUUCCCGUUUGUGCCUGACACAAACUUGCUGCCGCUGGGGGGUCUCUGGGGGCCCUCCUCCUACCGCCUGGGGCGCAACUUCAUCUACAAGGAGCAAUCACUGAAGCUGGGGCGGGAGGCAAGAGUGGGCCACUCAUCCAGCAUCGGGAUGGGGACUGUUAUUGAGGACGGGGCGCAGGUGGCGCAGUCCAUCAUCGGGCGCAACUGCCACAUCGGGAAGGAUGCUGUGGUUUUAGGGAGCUACCUGCUGGAGGGCGUCAGGAUCCAUGCUGGUGCCCAGGUGUCGCACUCGCUGCUGUGCGAUGGAGUUGUGGUGAAGGAGGACGCCACUGUCUGCCCAGGCAGCGUCCUCUCCUUCAAGGUGGUGGUGGGGCAGGGGCAGGUGAUAGAGCAGCAGACGAGCCUAAGCCUGUGCAGGCAGCUGCAACAGAGCGCAUCACUCUCAGACGACGAGCUGGAGUGCGCAGCUGCCGGCACAGCUUCCCCGCCAUCGGAAGCUGCGUUUGGCAGCAGCGCGGAAGCUGCGCAGCCCGGCCUGGAGCAGGCCGCUGAGGCCCUCAGCGCUGGAGACGGUGGACAUUACGACGCGACCCUGGUGGGUCCGGACGGCGCAGGGCACCGAUGGCAGCCGCACGAAGCCGAGCCGGCAGCUUCCGCAGCAGCUGCCGCGCACUUCUCCAUCGCGCCGGCGCCCCCGGGGCCGCCGCCGCCACCGGACGACUUUUCCGACGAUGACUCCACCGUCGCCGCUGCCGAUGAGGCGCAGGAGGCAGCCGUUGCCGAUCCGGAGGCCAGCUUCAAGCGCGAGGUCUCAGAGACCUUCCUGCGCUGCGUGCGCGACGGCUUUGAGAAGAAAUUUCUGGAGACGGAGCUCAACAGUCUCAAGAUCGCCGAGCACCGCGAUUUUGCCGACUGCGCGCGAUACAUCCUCACCACGCUGCUCACGCUUUGCCUGCCGGCUCCGCCGCGCGCCAAGGCCGAGUACCGGUCGCUCUUCCCUGAGACCGCCCCCAACACCGCCACGCAGGCUGGCAAGACGGAGCUGCUGAGGCGGCUGCAGCGGCUGCUCAACACCUGGACCGAGCUCCUGAAACAGUUCCUGCGCUCAGAGGAUGACCAGGUGGACCUUCUGCUGACACUGGAGGAGUUCUGUGGAGAGGAGGGAGUCUUCGAGGGCACCGGAGAGCAGGGCAGCCUCUUUUCUGCAGUCUUCGCCAAGGUGCUGCAGCUGCUGUACGACGCAGAAGUGGUGGAGGAGGACGCGUUUAUCAAGUGGGCAGAGGAGAAGCCAAAGCAGGAGGAGGCUUGGCCCGAAACGCUGGUGGUCUACAUCUUCUCCAACACUGAUCCCGAGUACCUGAACAACCUCAACUUCUUCUUGAAGUGGGGAGUGAGAGAAGGGGAUGGAGCGUAUUAUAUUAUCGUUGUGCAGGAGGGCGGCAAAUCUCCGCUGGUGGAUCUGGAGGAGGUGAUACUGCCGGGUAAUGCGCGGCUGCUGUACCACGACAACGAGUGUUAUGAUUGGGGCACGCUGGGGUGGAUUAUGUCGGCGGGCAUCGCUGACGUGGACGAUUACAAACACUUUGUCAUGAUCAACUCCUCCGUGCGCGGGCCCUACGCCGCCCCCUUCCAACCGGCUAAGGAGGGCAUCAAAAAGAUGAUGGGCCUGCAGAAGGAGGUGCCAGCCUGGCACAAGCGGCUGACGGAGCGCCUUGCUGGCGACGUGCACAUGGUGGGGCCCACCAUCAGCUGUGAGGGAACUCCGCGCGACGGAGGUCCCGCCGCCGAGUGGCUCAGCCUGCCACACGUGCAGUCGCACGCCAUCGCCGUCGACCAGGAGGGUCUGCGGACGCUGCAGAGGGAUGGCAACGUGCUCAAGUGCCACAGCAACCACUGGGACGCCAAGUGGUACGCAGAGCUAGGAGCCUCCAAGGCCAUCCUGGAGGCAGGCCACAACCUGGACUCCCUCAUGCAGCGGUAUGAGGGCGUGGACUGGAGGGACCCCACGACCUGGCAGUGCGGGGGGAACCGGGGGGACCCUUUUGCGGAGACGGCGAUGGCGGUGGGGGGAGCGGGGGGUCCGCUUUCGCUGCAGGAGGCGCUGUUUGUGAAGGCCAAGGAGGGAACGGUGCAGACGUCCAACUCCCUGCUGCAGAUGGCGGAGAAGUAUGAGCGCUGGAUGGAGGAACAGUCGGAAGGGGACAAUGAUGUGCUGGCGGCCAUGUUCCCAGACCCCGAGGAGGUUCGCCUGCCACAGGUUGCGGCGAUGCAGCAGCGGGGUCCCAAGUGCUUUGACUUUGCGUAUUACCGCAGCCUCAACACUGACCUGCAGCACUACAUGACGGACGAUGCGCUCUGGGGUCACUUCCUGUCCUUUGGCCAGUUCCAACGCCGCCCCUUCAGGUUUACGUGUGACUGGGACCCUCCGGCAGGCCAUGAUUGGGCAGGCUACCCAAUCCGAGCAGAUGCCGGCUUGCAGGGCUCCACCGACAAAACACUCGACCCCAAAAAGCAGUACAGGGCAAUCCGACCAGUGCCGCUGCCAAAGGUGGAUGCAGAUUUCUACAGGGCUCAGCAGGAAGACAGCGCGCCAGAUGCACAACACCUAGAAUCAUCCGCACGGCGCUCUCUGCUGCAAAUGAAGCAACCACAGCCGCAGCCGCAGCCGCAGCCGCAGCCUGCUUCCCGGCGGCUGCUAAGGCAAAGUCAGGGGGAAAGCCAGAUUAGGACGCCCUCCGGGGAGUCGAGGGGAGCGGCAGGGGGCGCGAAGGAAGGCGGGAUGCGGCGGCUGGGGGAAGCUGCCGCGGCAGUUUCACGGCAGCUUCUGGGUGACAAGGGCCUACCAGGCACGGGAGAUGCCGAGGCAUAUUUGUAGCAGCGGCACAAGGAGCAGGACGGAUGCAUCAACAUCAGCUGAAAAUUGACAAUAUCAGUGCAUCUGGCUUAUAGACAUAUCAGCAAGGCAUUCUGCUUUCUUAGUUAGAUUGACGGGCGAGUACAGCACGCGCUUGUGCAUCUCCUCGUACACCGGGUUUGUGUCGAAGAGCUGCGCCCUAUUCAUUCUUGAUUUGAUUUGGCUUUGAUACUGGUGUCUGCUGUACAUUUAUUUUUCGAUGUGGCAGAGGUAACAUGGAUGAGUCGUGUCAGCCAGGAUUGAGUCUGUCAUGACGUCAGACAGUGAAAGUCGCGAUCUAGGAUCUCCUUUUGUGGUGAUGUGCAGAUCUGUGUAGGCAGCACCAAGACUGGGUGUUGCACAAGCGGCUUGGCUGCUUGAGUAGAGAAGGUUAGGAGGAAACUGAUUAUAAAUACAUUGCUUGUCAGAGACAAACUAGUCACGGACUGAUGAACAGGAUGAAAGAGACUCAGUAGCCAAGUGAGAUUGCUUGGUGGCAGGACCAAGCAAUCAACUUGAGAUUCAAAUGAAUGAUGAUAUAUCCUAGGCUGUAGGUGACAACCACGAGUGCUAGGAGGGUUGGUAUUGUAUCAGAUAUUCCUGAGCAAGUGCAGGCUUAAUUGGCCACUGCAUGCGCACAUUGGAUGUGUAACUUUACGAGGCUCCCAUUU